CUUGCUUAAAACGCAACACUGGCCGGAUAUGAAUGUGGUUGGCAAAUCCUCCUGGUUUUUUUUGGUGUCCUAGCCCCUCAAUGCGAUGGUUGAGCGGUUGUGUCCUCCAUUUAAAGUCGUUCGUCUCGCGGAGAGGAGUGUUCAGUAGAUGACAUUCAAUGAAAGUGUGCAGACGUGAAAGGAAUACUCUGGCCAGUAAAGAGCUCUUGCAACACCCCCGUUCGUUGGGAGCGCUCUGUUCUAUUGCACUACCUACCCGAGGGGUACAGUAUCCCUCCAGUCCCGGACACUCACUCUGUGGUGUGUGUGGUGUGGCUGGCAAGUGAGUGUGGAAGUGUAGUCUGUAGCCCGUAAAAUUCCCCGCUUUGAAGUGCUGCUCUGCGUACGUAAGCUCUAUCGGAAAUCUCAACCAGCUGCGUCGUCCAGGGAUGGUUGCGGUGAGCGACGAUGGUUUUGUCGUCAGUCAAAUUUGAGAUCCAACAGCUGCCAUUGAUUCCAGAAAAGUAACCUUGUACACUAGUGAUUCUCGUCGUAGAAACGAGGAAGUAAUUUCCGCCUGAGUCAAGAACGUGAUCUUGGAAAGAAACUGAGAUCAGUGUCGUUUGGUGAGGCAACAACAUAAAACAACCCCUGAAAAUUGUUGGAAGAAAGAUAGAAAUAAAAAGGAGAAGAAGAAGAAGAAGAAAAGAACCACCAUCUUGGAAAGUGGAGACGUCAUGAAUUCUUUUCAAAGUCUGAUUCUGCUCCUGGGCCUUGUUGCCGCCGUUCGUGGUGUCGCGGUAAAUACCGAAUGUCUAGGGAACCAUGAAGACCAUUUCUUAGAGGACCCCGUGCCUGAAGAGAUCAAGGUUAUUCUUGACGAUGGCGAAAGAGCGUUUGGGGUCAAUUUGAUCAAAUCACUCUUCCAUGACUUCAAUACGACUGGUAUUCACAAGAAUAUUUUCAUCUCACCUGCCAGCAUCUACCAAACCUUGAUGCUGGCCUACUUUGGCGCCAAAGACCAGACGGAGAGUGAGUUGGCCAAAACGUUGGGCUUCGAAGGUCAAGUGGAAAGAGCGGAUGUCAUCAAAAACUAUCUGUUCGAGAGGGCGUUCCAGGCCAUCCGAGAGCGAGAUCCCAACCUGGGAUACACGCUCACCCACGCCAAUAAGUUCUACUUUGACCGCACUCUACCAUUGAAUGAAUGUCUGCAAUUGGUUCUGCAAGCUGAAUUGGAGGCCUUGGACUUUGCUCAGCCAGAGAAGGCUCGGUCGGUCAUUAACCAGUGGGUGUCCCAAAAGACCCAUGACAAGAUCCCCAAGCUUCUGCCCGCUGGAUCCUUGGACAAUACCCGAGUGGCUCUGGUGAAUGCCGCCUACUUCAAGGGACAAUGGGUCUCCAAAUUUGAGGCCGAGCAAACCAAAACCAACAACUUUUUUGUCCGUCGAGACAAGAUUACCAUGACCGAAUUCAUGGAGCAAAAGGGCAAGUUCAACUACUACACCUCGGAAGAGCUUCGAUCCCACGUGCUCGAAAUGCCCUACAACGGGGAUGAAGUGUCCAUGGUUGUCAUCCUCCCUCCAUUUGAAGACGAUAGUUUGUACCAAACUGUUUCAAGACUCACUCCCAAGAGCCUCCGAGGCGUCAUGGCCGAAGUCAAGUCGGGUUUCUACCAAGUGGACGAUCUCACGGUCAAGCUGCCCAAGUUCAAGAUCGAGCAAGAGUUUCAGCUGGAGGAUACUCUGGCCAAAUUGGGUCUGGAGACCAUUUUCGGCGGGGAUUCGAACCUAAGUGGGUUCCUCUCGGAUAAGGCCGGCGAAGAUGUGGCUGAUGUGACCCUCUCCAAAGCCAUCCACAAGUCCUUCAUCGAAGUCAAUGAGGAAGGCAGUGAGGCCGCGGCUGCCACGGCCUUGUUCGAGUUCCGAUCGGCCAGGCCAUUGUUUCACACUGAGUUCAUCGCCGAUCAUCCCUUCAUUUUCCUCAUCUAUGACAAGCCCACGGACACCGUGUUGUUCUUCGGCAUGUAUCAAGAUCCAAAGAAAUAAUAGUCUUACGUCUUACUUUGCUCUCGUUUCACUUUCAUGGAGUUAUGACUUCUGUACUGGCACUUUCAUUAAGAAAGGAACAGGCAUGACUUGUGUAUUUGUAUAUUUAUUAUGAAAGAUGUUCCCUGAGAAGAAAAAUAUAUACACUCUUUCUACGAA